AUGUGGGCUUUAAAGAAGUUGAAUCUUGAGUGGGAUGUCGCCACCAGCUUAAGGGUGUCACAUUUGAAUGAGUUGGAUGAGUUUCGGUACCAUGCAUACACAAGUUCUCCCUUAUACAAAGAGAAGAUGAAAUAUCUUCAUGACAAGUACAUUGGGAACAAAGAGUGUAAAGAGGGUGAUCUUGUGUUGUUGUUCAAUUUACGGUUACAGAUGUUUCCCAAAAAGUUAAAGUCUAAAUGGUUCUGCCCAUUUGAGGUUGUGAGUGUGACACCCUUUGGUGCAUUGGACUUGAAGAAUAAUAAUGAUAAGGUGUUUAGAGUCAAUGGUCAUCGGGUAAAGAAUUAUCUAGGAAAAUUUGGUGACAGCUACGUCGUGGCGUGUAUUGCGACAAUGAGUGUGCUUUACAGGAACUGUGCUCAGAAAAAAUUGGCUAAGUAUGGAAAAAGUGCGGACGACACAUGUAUUGUGCGAACUGCAUAA